AUGAAGUGCACCGCUCAGAUCGCCUCUCUCGUGCUGGCCGCGACCAGCGUCCUCGCCGCCCCGGCCACCUCCGCCGCCUCCCCUCUCGCCCGCCGCGACGAGAGCUGCGACUCCUUCUACGAGUGGGACGAGUCCCCAUACACCAUCUACCAGAACAACUGGGGCGCCGCCGAGGCCACCUCGGGCUCCCAGUGCACCACCGUCACCUCUGUCUCGGAUGAUGUCGCCGUCUGGUCCACCUCCUGGACCUGGGCUGGUGGUUCCUACAAUGUCAAGUCGUACUCCAACGUCGGCCUGAUGAGCGUCAACAAGCAGCUGAGCGCUGUCAGCUCUAUCCCAUCCAGCUGGACAUGGAGCUACACUGGCUCCGACCUCGUCGCCGACGUCUCCUACGACCUCUGGCUGGCCCCCACCUCAGGCGGCACCAACAGCUACGAGAUCAUGGUCUGGCUCGCGGCCCUCGGCGGCGCCGGCCCCAUCUCGUCCUCCGGCUCUGCCAUCGCCACCCCUGAGAUCGGCGGCUACACCUGGUCCCUGUACUCGGGCCCCAACGGCGACACCACCGUCUACUCCUUCGUCGCCAGCAGCGAGAUCGAGGACUGGUCCGGCGACAUGAUGGACUUCUUCAACUACCUGGUCGAGGACGAGGGCGUCUCGGACUCCCUGUACAUCACCCAGCUGCAGGCCGGCACCGAGCCCUUCACCGGUACUGAUGCCGUCUUCUCCACCUCUGCCUACUCCAUCUCUGUCGAGUAA